ACGCGCGCAGCGGUUGUGAUGGUCGAGCGCGGAGUCGCGGGGUAACGUCGCGUGCGCAUGCGCACAUCAGUCUGCGAUCUGAGUUGGUCAGAAAAUGGCGUCAGUCAAGUUUCUGGAGGAAGUACUCAGUAAGGACGUGGACGAAAACGCGUUCAGUGCAAUCGUGGUGUCGUUGGAAAGCGAGCUCGUCACCAACAGCACCAAUACAUCGGUUGUAUCUGCCGGCAAAAGGAGUCACCCACUGACUGGUCACAUCAGCAAUGCAAUCGCAGCUACCACGGCCGCGCCGCAAAAACAACAGCAGCACUUGGUCAACGGCACCCGGGCCGCCUCCUCGAUGAACAAGUGCAUAUCCGCCUCCGUAACUUCCAACAAUAACAACAGUUUAAUGCCGGGUAUAAGUCAACCAGAUUUUGUUGGCCAACAACAACACCAGCACCAGCAACACCAGCAGCAGCAGCAGCAACAGCAACAGCAUGUCGUCAACCCUACGUUGGCGCACAACUAUGCAGCACCGCAACCCAUAAAACUUCAAGAUCAGGUCAAAGUGGUCUAUUCCAAUUCGGCCAAUAACCGUAAUUACGUUCCGGUUAACUCUCUGCCAAACGGCACUAUCAAUUCUACCAGUACAGGUACUGGAACGGCUGUUGUUAUUAAAUCAACUACUCAUCAACAGCAACAAAGUUCACCUCCAGUUUCUACUAUGACUUUAACUGGACAAGUAUCGUCCAAUCAAUCUCCAGUUACAUCUAAUGUCAUAACUGUUUCUAAACAGGUAGCACAAGGUGUAGUUUCUGGUAAUUCUCCUCAAACAAUUUUGCCAGCAAAUGUGCAAAUACUGAAUGUAAAUGCAUUAAGACCACAAAAUUCACAAGGUGGAGUUAACAAAAAUAUGUCUCGAGUAAUGAUACCUCAAGUUGUUGGUGGUCGUCCCGGUGCACCAGGGCUUACAUUACAAACUCUUCAACAAGCUCAAGGUGGACACAUAUUAUUAAAGACUGAAAAUGGCCAGUAUCAGUUAUUACGAGUUGGCCCUGCACCUGGCCAAGGAACUGCUAUAACUCAAAAUAAUGCAAACUUUAGAGUACAAUCUGUUCCUGCAGUUGCAACUAGCAAUGUUUCUAUUGCUGGUACACCAACAACAACACCAACUCAAACAAUAGUUCAACCUCAACAGGCACAUCAAAAAGUUCAACAAGAUAACACCAAAGAAAAGUGCCGGAAAUUUUUAGCCAAUUUGCUUGAAUUGUCAAGUAAAGAACCAAAACCUGUUGAAAGAAGUGUACGUACUCUUAUACAAGAACUAGUUGAUGCUAAGGUGGAGCCAGAGCAAUUUUGUGAUCGACUAGAAAAACUUUUAAAUGCUUCACCACAGCCGUGCCUUAUUGGUUUCCUCAAGAAAAGCUUACCACUCUUGAGGCAAUCACUUAUGCUUAAAGAAAUGGUGAUUGACGGCAUUCGACCACCAUUACUUAGUGCUGUAACCCAACCCACUGUUGUUUUAGCUAAUCAACAGCAAACAACGAAUACACAAGUUAUGGGAAAUAUCAUAAAUGCUGCAUCAAAUCAACAAACAGUUAGAAUAAUGACUACCCAACAACCAACCUUGACAUCAGCAAGGUCUAAUAAUAUGCAACAUCAACAUAGGAUUGUUUCUCAACAAGUCAGGGUACAAACUCCAACAGGCUUAACGGCUGUUAACAAAAUGGGUUCAAUUCGGAUACAACCACCUGUUGCAUCUCAAACUGGUACUCUUCCUCCACCACUUACAUCAACCUCAUCACCAAGACCCAUGAGUGGUAGUCGACAAAUGCUUGUUAAAGCAGUACCUAUUAAGACACCUACUGGAUCACAUAUAAAAAUUAAUACUACUUUAGCGUCUUCAACAGUGCAAACAAGUAGUAUAACAAUGCCUCAACCUCGAAUACCACCAUCACCAAACUUGAUAAGUCAGCCAACAAUGAUAAACAAAGUUCUAACACCCAUUACUAGUGUACCUUCAACAAUUGUUGUUCCACCUAAACCUCCUUUGAAAGAAAAAGAAAAGAAAUCGUUUUCAUCAUCAGCAGCAUAUGUUGGAGACGAUGACAUAAAUGAUGUUGCUGCUAUGGGUGGAGUUAACUUAGCUGAAGAAACCCAAAGAAUAUUAGGAUCUACUGAAUUUGUUGGAACACAAAUUAGAUCAUGUAAAGAUGAAAUACUUUUACCUCAAAAUCCAUUAGUAGCAAAAAUUAAGCAAAUAGUCAAUAGGGAAGGUUUAGAAGAUGCUGCUGCUGAUGUUCCAGCAUUAGUAUCUCAUGCACUUGCUGAACGUUUAAAAGACCUUUUAGAAAAAUUUGCUGUUGUUGCUGAGCAUCGUUUAGAUUUUAACAAAGCGGAUAAGCGUUAUGAAAUUACCAGAAAUGUUCGAGGUCAAAUCAAAUGUCUUGAAGAAAUUGAUAAGGUCGAGCGUAAAAAACAAGAUGAAAUGGAACGUGAACUCUUGAUACGAGCAGCUAAAAGUAGAUCUAAAAAUGAAGAUCCAGAACAAGCAAAAUUAAAAGCUAAAGCCAAAGAGAUGCAAAGGGUUGAAAUGGAAGAACUACGACAAAGAGAAGCUAAUCUCACUGCUUUAAAUGCAAUAGGACCUAGGAAAAAACCUAAAUUAGAACCUGGAUUAAGUCCUAGUUUACAGAACCAAAAUUCUAGUAUUAGUACAAACUUAACAAAUAGACAAACAAUACCUAGACAAAGGAUAAAACGUGUUACAAUGCGAGAUACCCUUUUUGUACUUGAACAAGAAAAGGAUAUUCGUAGAAAGUCAAAUUUCAUGUUCAAACCAUUUUUGAAAUGAUAUAUCGUAAAAUUGUCAUUGUAGCCGUUCCUUGUUGAAGCAGCUGGCUAGUCAUAUUGACUAUGUUUUCUGCCACAUUGUCGAACUAAUUCAAAUCAUUAUUGAAUACCAUUUUAGACUUAUUUAAUCAUCUGCAAAAUUGUUAAUUUUUGUUGUAUAAUUAUUUUUUUCAAUUUUCUGUUAAUUUUAUUUUUUUUUUGUUAAUUGAAACAUUAUAACAAGAUGGAGGUUAUGGACCAUGUUCAUGUUAAACAUAAAUUGACUGCAGAGAAAAAACUUAUGCGAUGUAUCAAAUAUGGCAUUCAUCAAGCCUAUGUUAAAGAUAAUGUAUUUUUUUAUUGUAAAUAACACUAAUGUAUUUUUUAGAGCAUGUAUGUUAAAAAAAAAUAUUUUGUUUAUGUAAAAAAGAAGUUACUCAUUCUUUUUCUGUAAGUUAUGCCCUGAUAUAAGUGAGCACUCAUUAUAUUAUUUUGUAUAAUGUAUAUAUUUUUUUAUUAUAA